UUUUAUUAAUAUAAUUGCUUUUACAUUUCUAGGAAUUAAAGAAAAAUAAUGUUAACACUGUGGUACGUGUAUGCGAGCCCAGUUAUAAUACUGAAGAAUUAGAAGCACAAGGCAUCACAGUUAAAGAUUUAGCAUUCGAAGAUGGUACUUUCCCGCCGCAGAAUGUUGUUGACGAAUGGUUUGAGAUUUUAAAGCAAAAUUUUAGUAAGAAAAAGUCCUCUUCCUCUAGAGCCUCCUUUAUGAAAAACAAACGUUUUUCUUUGAGACAUAAUAAUUCUCAUAAAACAGCCGAUACAAUCAACAACACCAACACUUGUAAUAGUACUACAACCAAUAAUAACACUUCUACUACUACUACUACUAGUACUUCCACUACUGCAAUUGGUACCAGUCUUAGUACUACUAAUAAUAAUAUUACCAACAACACCAAUACUACUCCCCCUAUCACUACUACUUCAACUUCUACCAUACAUUAUAUACAAAAUAGAAAUCAAAUUAUUAGCAGUACUAGACAUACUACUGAUGAUCAUCAUGAUAAUGAUAAAAAUACCACUUGUAGGUAAGGUUUUUCUACUUCUUUUUGGUUCUUUUCCGAGUUGGUUCAAAUUGUCUUUGUUUUUUUAAAUUAUUGUUUUAACUUUCAAUGUGUUUUAAAUUGUUGUUACCCUGUUAAUUACUUCAAAGUUUUUCUAAACAAGAGCCAUUAGAACAUUGCUCUUGAUCAGUUACAUUUUGUAUACAAAAUCGUGUAUAGACUAUACUAUAGACUAGACAAUAA